AAGCUACCUCAAAUAUUCACCACCACAAGCCAUGCCAGUAAUAUACACUUUACAGGCCGAGAAUCUAAUAUGCAGCACGGUGCCCUAACUCACAAGUAAAAACCAACCCUCAAAACCUUCACACAAACAGAAUUCCCACCAAAAUUUUCAAUUUCUCCUCUCAAACCGUAACUCCAUGGAAAUCUACGCUUCUCUUCUCGAAAGAACUCGAGUUUCUCAGCCUUCAAUUCAGAGAUUUGCAGUAAUUUCCAUAUUCGAAAAACUCAGAUCAUCUAACUCAAAUACCGAUUCAGAUUCAGGAAAAAUCAUAAUAUCUCAAUGUCUCAACUCAGAUUCAUCUCAUGUUGUUGAUCAAUCAGUUCGUGAGCUUUGUCUUAAUGUUAAACUAGGGUUUAUGAAUCCUUCAUUAGGUUUAUUAGAACUUCAAUCAGUUCUUGAAGGUUGUGAUUCACGUUUUGUUGAUUUGUUUAUUAAGGGAAUUGGUUUUCUUGUUAAUUUUCAGUUUCAAAAAUUAGGGUUCAGCUUAGAUUCUCAAGAACAUCCGUUUGUGAAAGUAGUUUGUUGUAGAAUUGAAGUUGAGAAUGAACUUGUUCAACAGGUGUUAUCGUUUAUUGUUAGGAAUAAGAAUUUAGUUGGGUUCGGAAAAGUUUGUGAAUUCUUAAAACCCUUUUUGAAUUUUGUGAUUCUGAGAAUACCAUUUUCUUCUUCGGGAUCGGAUUCGGCUUCGUUUGCGAAGCAUUUGAUAUCUUCGAUUGCUUCAUUAUGUUGUUUGUUUCCCUCCGAGGCGUUGCCGAUUGUAAAGUUGUUGAUGGGAUGUUUGAAGUAUUUUCCUUGCAGAAAUACACAAGAUUUCAAAGAUGUACUCUAUGUUGCCGAGUGCCUGGUGAACGCAUAUACCGUGGUCCUGAGGUUUGUGGUAGAGAACGGAUUGCUAAAAAAUGAAACUCAAUUAUGUGGAGUGGAACUGUUGGGGAUUCUUCUCUCUCUUUGUAAUGAUCGUGACAAACGUAUGACCAGGAAGGAAUCCGUUAUUGAAUUGGCAAAACGAUUAUUAGUUGUUCAUAAAGAGCUACAACUGCAAUUUGAACCCGAAUUGUUGUCAGCUAUGGUAUCCUUGUUUCUCAUCCUUGGUCAAGCUGAGUUGGAACAUGAGCAACUAUGUAUAUUGAAGCUCUCGUUAUUCAUGUUGAAUUGGAAAAGAGAAAAUGCAGAACAUGUUCUGGCAAAAGCUGUUGGUGGUUUCAGUGAAGAGCUUUUAUUAAUAUUUCCUGUCAUCAACCUACUCUCAUCACCUUCUAGAUCUGUAAAGGCUGCAGCGAGUGAUCUGCUUUCAGUUUUGGAAAAUAUUUUAAUAGAUCUAUUGGUUGAACGAAACAAGAUAACCAACAUUCAAGAGAGAUUGCCAACUAUCAGCACACCUGAAUCAAUUGUUUCUAGAAUGAUGCGACACCAGUGGUUUCAGGACCAAGCUUCGUUGCAUAGUUCUUACUUUCUUAGUAUUGUUUCCAAUACCAAAUGUGAUUUUGAGGAGGUGAACAAUAUAAAAGAUUCAUGGGUAUCUCAACUUAAAGAAUACUGUGUCGUGAUUGUUGAUAAACAAAAAUCUUCACCAAUAUCCCAGACUAAAGAAAAUCUUGUUACAGAUAUGCCUGUGGUACUUGCAUCUUUGGUAUCUCUUGCAAUCUUGCAUCCUUCACUGGGGAGGUAUGCUAUAGGUUCUUUGGAAGCUAUAGGUCUCAUGGAUCCUAAAAUGGGUCUGCCUAUGCUGCUUGCAAUCAUAUUCUAUAACAGGAUUCUCUCAAAUGAUGAAAGUACUUCGCAUGAAAUAGUGCUAGAGCUUUUGGAAAUGCUUCCAUCACUUGCUUCACAUCCUGGAAUGAUACCAUUUAUUGUUCAAACUAUUGUUCCAAUGCUUCAAAGGGACACAAAGCCAGUAUUGCGCGCCACAGCUACUCGUCUGCUUUGUAAGACAUGGGAGGUUACAGAUCGUGUCUUUGGAAGUUUGCAGGGAAUUCUGCAGCCAAAGGCAUUUCAAGAGUUUGUAAAUGAAAAGAAUAUCUGUAUAAGUAUGGCUGCUUCUGUUCGGGAUGUUUGCCGAAAGAACCCCGAUAGGGGUGUGGACCUUAUCCUUUCAGUUUCGCAACAGGCGUGUAUUGAGAGUCGAGAUCCUACUGUAAAAGCUCUUGGUUUCCAAAGUCUGGGACAUCUCUGUGAAGCUGAUGUAGUUGAUUUUUAUACUGCUUGGGAUGUUAUUGCGAAGCAUGUGCUGGGAUACUCCAUAGAUCCUAUAAUUGCAAAUAGCUUAUGUCUUCUCUUAAGAUGGGGUGCGUUGGAUGCGGAAGCAUAUCCAGAAGCUUCCAAGAGUGUGUCGCAGAUUUUGUGGGAAGUUGGUACCUCUAGCUACGCAACUCAUGGAUAUAAAUGGGCCAAGGCACGGACCUCCGCUUUUGAGUCGUUGACCCAUUACGAGGUAGAGCACAUAAAAACAAACAUUCAUGAUUUUAAUAAAAGGAAUGUUGAGGUACUUAUUUCUGAGGUUGAUCCGGAUGUACUUAGAGCUGUCGAGAAAUUGGAAGUCAAGAUUAUUACUUUUGAGCACAUCAAUCGGCGAAGACUGUUAAAGGAGAAAAGAGUUGUUGUGCACAAGGUUGAAAAAUUGCUGGAUGUGUUUCCUCAAACUAUAUUCAAAUCAGGGGCAAGAAACAAUAAUGCUAGUAAAUUACCUGGUGCAGCUCUGUUGUGCCUUUCUUUCGUUCCCAAAGAUUUACAGUACUCUGGGAAAUCAGAGGUUCAGGACCUACAAAAGCUGCACACUGCAUAUGAAAAUGCUCUAGUAGACAUUGCCGACUCUCUACAUCUGUCAAGAAAUAUUCUGAUUGCAUUACUCUCCCUGCAAUCGUGGAAACCUUUCGUGCAACGUUGGAUGAAGGCAGUAUUGAAAUAUCAGGACAGCAAAUCGCCUUCAAAUCUGUUGGAGAGAACUACAAAGGCUGCUGAUGAUAUUCUUAAGAGAUUGACAAGAAUUGCUGAACAAUCUGUUCCUCGAUCUUCAGAGAAUAUAACUCUUGCUGUGGGUGCUUUCUGUAUGGUGUUGCCUCCAUCUGCCCAUGCUAUAACAACAACUGCCUCAAAGUUCCUAUUGAAAUUGUUGUAUCAGUAUGAACAUGAGCAUAAGCAAUGGUCAGCUGCUGUUGGGUUGGGGUUGGUUUCGGGUUGCGUACACUCGACCGAUCGCAAGCACAAGUAUCAGAUCAUAUCUGGACUUUUAAAGGUUGGUUAUAGUAGCAAAAGCUCUCUUGUGAAAGGAGCCUGUAUGGUCGGAUUGGGUUUUGCUUCUCAAGACCUUCUUACAAGAGUUGAAGUUGCUGCUGAUGUUGUUAACUCUGAAGAUACUAAUAGACUGAUGGAGUCCAAUUUACUUGGCAAAAUCGUAACUGCUUUUUCUCUAAUGAUAUGCCAGCUGAGUCCAUCUUCAGCUGAGUGCUUUGAGAGUCUCUGUGGAUAUGUCCCACUGGAUACUGACGAUCCGGAUACUGAUAAUUCUGUUUCACUUUUUACUGAUGGAAAUUACAUGGAGGAGGAUGUCUGGGGUGUUGCAGGAGUCAUAAUGGGUCUUGGGCAUUCUGUUAAUGCUAUAUACCGAGCUGGGGGGAGUGAUUCUGUGAUCAAGAUGAAAACCUUGCUUAAAUCGUGGGUUCCUCAUGUGAAUCUUGUUGUUCAGAGUUCUCAUACUUGCAGUGCAGAAUCUGCGAUAAUGUUAUCCAUUGGUUCCUGCCUUGCGCUUCCUACUGUAGUGGCAUUCUGCCAGAGAGUAGAACUCAUUGAUGAUAAUGAACUGAACUGUGUAGUUAAUGGUUACAAAGAUCUAAUUUCUGAGCUUUUAUCUGUAAAAAAAUCGGGUAUCUUCCAUGAGAGUAUGUUGAUGGCAUCAUGUAUUGGAGCAGGAAGCCUCCUUUCAUGCAUUUUGGAUGAAGGGGUGCGUUCUAUGAAAAGUGAAAAUGUAAAUGGUUUGAUGGAACUGUGCCGAAGAUGUUAUUCGAAUACUUACCCUCCAACUGUUCAUUUUGGCGCAAUGCUUGGAGUUGUAAAUGCAUUGGGUGCAGGUGCAGGAGCUCUCACCAUCAUCUCUUCUAAGCCUUCCAAUUUACAGGCUGGUCAUGGAACUAUGCUUUCUGAUCAGGAAUCAUCUUUUGUUAGAGGGCCUAUACUUUCAAAUGCUGUUUGUGAGCCACUCUCUGCAUCAUCGAUCCAAGAAAUGUUUCUUGUUGCACAAGAUUCUAAAGAUCAACAAUUGCAAAAAUAUGCAUCAUGGGCAGUUUCAUUUCUAAGACAUCGAUGGUGCGCUGAUGAACUGAAGAAUGGUUUCCAGAGUGAUUCGAACCAGUCUAAGCUUGUUUCUCGAAGUUUCUUAGAGAACAGUGGGGUCUGGCAGCUCUGCACAUGGCUAGCAGACCUUAACUACUCUCAGGAAGGUACCAUCACUCAUGUGAAUACAGUUGAAACUGUGUUAAGGUGCCUGUCGUUUGCCCCCAGGCUGCCAUCUUUGGAUUGGGGAGCCAUCAUUAGACGUUGCAUGAUAUAUGAGGAUCAAGUUUCUGGAAAGCUAUUUCCAGGUGCAACCCUGAAGAAAGGAAACCUUAGAGAGGGGUGCCUUCAGUUUGCAUUAGCUCAUGCAAACCAAGUUGAUUCCCUCUUAUAUUUCUUGGAUGAGCUGACUGACCUGUCCAGGUUCAGGACACUUGAGCUAAACCUGCAGACAUGCUUGCUCUGUCAUCUGGCAGAACUAAUAAAGAUCUUCGCUGGUUCUAGGUUGAGCAAACUGUUUGAUGAUAUGGCUGAUUAUUUCAGUUCAGUAGUGUCUUCCCCGCAGACAUAUAACCCACAUCAGAAAAGCUUGUUGCGGGUUUCAUUUUGGAAGGGUUUGUACUGGUGUCUCAACGAAGCUUCUAAUGGUUCCGCAGAGUAUGUCGCGAAUUUGGAAAAGUGCAUGGAAUUGUUGUUUGUUAUGCUUCCUGUUCAACACUUCGAUCCCAGCCUAAGGGACGGUCAGAUGAACUCCAUAGAAGAGUGGUCUGAGGCAGUUAGGUGCUUGGGGAAGACUCGGCAAAGUUGGUUAAUGAAUACUUUGGAGGUUUUAGAGACUAGUCAAGUACAAGGAGUCUUCUCCACUGAACAUGUGAAAAAAAUUCAAGCGGCAACGAGGCUAGUAAUGACUGGUUGCAUUCCCUGGGCAGAGCUUGGAAAGAUGAAAUUUUAUGUACUGAAUUCCGAGUUAGUUGAUGUGUGGGAUGUACUAGUUGAAGUUGUUGCAGCGCUGCAACAUGCAGAUGGAAGUACUAAAAGAAAAUGGCUUGUUGAUGCUAUGGAGAUUACUUGCAUGACAAAGAACCCUUCGACGGCACUGCACUUCAUUGGUCUGCUCGGGAGUAGCUUCUGUAAAUAUAUGCCGCUUCUAACAAUUGACCCAGUUACUGUAUUGAGUGAUUUACCUAUCACGCUUCCUUCUCUAUUAUCCAAUAGCAGUUGGAAGGUUAUUGCAGAAUCAGUGGUUUUUAACUUGUGGGUAUCCACUCAACGUGUUUAUGACUGGGCGAAAUGUUUAGCAACCAAUGCUGGUGAUAAUGAUAAUGAAGUCACUCUUAGACAGCCACAGCAGCAUCCAAUUGACACAAGUGAAAAUGGCAAUGCUAUUUUCCUCGCAAGAUUGUUGCAUGAAACAUGUGUUUCUUUGAAAGACUAUUUGCCGCUUGAUAAGCAGUUGAGACUUGCUAAUAUGGUGCUCCAAUGAAUUUAACAGUACCUUCAUUGGCAUGAAUUAGUGGAACAACAGAGAAGCUUUGUUCAGGGUUACUCGGGAUCCCGAGAUAAGAUCACAAAUGUAGGCGAUUUGAGCAAUAUGAUUUCUUGAGCACUUUGACAUAAUAGUGAAGACAUUCCUCUUCACAUCGUUGCAUGUAGGAAUCCACCAUCAAACUGGAGCAAGUGUUCAUAAUGUUGUCACUGUACUUGUAAGUUGCAACUAUUUUAGUUCAGGGUUUUAUAUUUUGUUCAAAAAGGUCACCUCGUUGUAAAUCAACUGUAUAUCGAAAGGAAAAGUAAAAAACCCAUCUUUUGACUAUGUAAUACCACAAAGUAUAGUAGAGAUAGCUUUACUACCAGAAACCCCAAGUCAUGUCUUAAACUCUCAGCUGACAUCCAUAACGGUGUAAAAGUUGACAUCCAUAACGGGGAACUAUAUGGGGAUGAUAAUAAUAUCAUCGUGAUACAAAAAGUCCAGUGAUAGAAGGGUGCGUGAAGGUGUUGGAAGAAAGUAGGUAAGACAUGGACACUGGCGGCUGCUGGUUUUAGUUUGCUUCCUUUGAUUUUGUUCUACCCACCAACACUGUCAACUGGAUGUCCGCAUCUGUAAAAAAGAAUCUUUUCUCAGCCUUUUGGCUAAGAUCAAGUGUACUUUCUGUUUUUAUCAGAUUAAUAUCUGAUAUGCGAGCUAUCGGCUCACAUGAUAUUGUAUUAAUUUUAAUCGUGGGGAAUUCCCCUAACAGUA